UCCCAGACCCAGAGUCGAAACCCCCAAACCAAAACCCUAAACCCAUGGCGGCGCUCGCCCCCUCCGCCGGCGCCCGCUUCCUCCGCCGCCUCCUCUCCACCGCCGCCGAGGUGGCACGGGAGGCGCCGGCCCCCGCCGCGAAGAACCCGAAGAAAGCGGCGCGCCCCGUCGGGAAGCGGGCGGCGCGCGCCGUCGCCCCCCAGGACGCGGAGAAGGCGGCGCAUCCCGCAGCAGAGGCGGCGCCGGAUGCGGAGGGCGCGAAGAAGGCGGCGGCGGCGGGGACCAAGGACUCGCGCCCGCUGUACCGGCGGCUGUCGGCCCUGGGGAACGCCGGGGAGGGGAGCGUGUCGGCGGUGAUGAACAAGUGGCUGCGGGAGGGCCGGGAGACGCGCUCCGUGGAUCUCGAGCGCUACGUCAAGGAGCUCCGCAGGUACAAGCGCCAUUCCCAGGCCCUCGAGUUGAUGGAUUGGAUGGUUCAUACAAAGGGCAUGAACAUGUCUUACACUAACCAUGCAAUACGUUUGGAUCUCAUCUACAAAGUGCGUGGCAUCGAGGCAGCUGAAAAAUAUUUUGAAGGCCUUCCUGAUCCAGCCAAAAACCAUCGAACCUUUGGGGCACUUCUGAACUGUUAUUGCUCAUCGAAAAAGGAAGAGAAAGCAACAGACCUUUAUCGCAAGAUGGAUGAGCUAGGCAUCGCAUCCAGCACUCUGCCCAUCAACAAUCUCAUGUCCCUAUACAUGAAGUUAGGCCAGCAUAAGAAGGUCUGUAGCCUGUUUGAGGAGAUGAAGGAGAAGAAUGUUAAGCCGGAUAACCUGACGUGCUGCAUUCUGAUGACCAGCUGUGCGGCAUUGAACAAGAUAGAUGACGUUGAACAAGUUCUAAAAGAAAUGGAAGAAAAGGGUGGGGUUCUAGGGUGGUCUGCAUACAGCACACUGGCUUCCAUCUACCAGAGUGCUGGUUUGGUUGAAAAAGCAGAGUCUGCUCUGAAGAAACUUGAGGGCCUUGUUCAAGAUCGUGAUGGCAGACAGCCUUUUGAUUUCCUUAUGAGUCUAUAUGCUUCCGUAGGCAAUUUGAGCGAGGUCAAGAGGGUGUGGGGCGUGGUUAAGGGCACUUUCCCCAAAGUGACUAACACGAGCUACUUCAGCAUGCUGCAGGCUCUUCUUAAGCUCAAUGAUGCUGAUUACAUGAAGCAGGUCUUUGAGGAAUGGGAGUCUAAUCAUGAGUGCUAUGACGUGAAGCUGACUAACGUGAUGACUCGAGCCCACCUGAAGAAUGGCAUGGCCAAGGAAGCAGAGCAGCUGUGGGAAAAGGCCAAGGAAAUGGGUGCAUGUUUUGACUCUAAAACAUGCGAGCUGUUUCUCGAUCACUACAUGGGGACAGGGGACAUGAAAUCAGCGCUGAACUGGGUCGAGAAUGUGACGAAGCUCCCCAAGAAAGCAGGGAAGCUGGAUCCUGAUAAGAUCCCGAAGUUCUCCAAGUACUUCGAAGAGCAGAAGGACGUGCAAGGCGCCGAGAGGUUCUGCAACUGCCUGAGGGCGCUCGGGUGCAUCGACGGCAAAGCAUACGAGUCCCUCCUGCGGACCUAUCUGGCGGCCGGUGAGACGAGCCGCUCCGUCCGGCAGCAGAUCAAAGACGACAAGAUUGAGAUUUGCUAUGACAUUGGGAAGCUGCUCAAGAGGUUGGGCGACAAGGGGCGAUGAAAUGGUACCUGUUUCUGCCCCUAGUUUACACCGUUGGUUUCUUAUGAUUCCUUCCGUGAACGAAUAGCAGAAAGCAGGUAUUAUAUAGUCCGAGGGGAUCUUUCUCCUACGUUUGGUGCUUCUGAUGCCCUUGUUCUGGCUCAUCGGCGUUUGGUGCUUGUGCAAGAAGAAGCAGAAAGCAAAUAAUUUUUGUAUUAGUACAACUUGUAGCCUGAGGGGAUCUUUCUCCUACAUUUUUCCUUUUUCCUUUUUUGCCUUUCUUCUGUAUGUAUUGGCUGUUUCAGACUUUUGAUGAGUACUGGAGCAAGGAUGCUACUACAGGAUCGUUCCUUAUUCUCUU